AUUGUUAUUGUGAGGGAUGGUUGUCGUGUUAUGCCUGAAUUAUAUAAAGUACCUUACGAUAAAGUUGCUGCUGAAAAACAACAACGAGGAACUCAAGAAAGGCAACCAGAUGGCGCAAUCCCUUAUCUAUGGACUCAAUCGUUGUAUAUUCUCUGUUGUUUACUUUACGAAGGAUUCCUUACUCCUGCUGAACUUGAUCCGUUGAGUAGGCGAUUAUCUGCUUAUGAAAAAAGGCCACCUCCUGAAGUACAAGUUAGCAUCUUAGCUGAGACAUACCAAGUUCAACAAGAAUUACUCACUCAUGAUAUCGAAGUCCAAUGUAUAGAUGAGAUUGAUGAAGUUUUCUCGAUACAACCAGCAUCAUCCUUUGCUAAAAUCUUAUCAAAAUUGGGUGAAUCAAAAAAACUGAAUUUAACUGGUAGGCCUUUGGAUAUCGAUAUUGGAAUUUUGAGUACUAGCAAGCUUUAUCAACUUGGUCAAAAAUUUAUUAUAUUCACUCCGCAGUUCAUGGAUCGUAGACGAUCUCAUCUGAUGUAUGAUAUCCGUAUCUUAAUGGAUGAGUGGAGCUCAGAGUUGCAAUAUGUAUAUAGUUCAUGGAAUAGCACAUGUGUGUCUGGUCGUCCUUUAGUUGUUUUAAUCGUCGCAAAAAGUAUGCUUGAAGCGGAUUCUUCAUCUGGUAAAAGUGCUUUUACUAGUCGAAGGUUAAUGUCAACGGUGGUUGGUACAAUCAAAAAAAUCUCAAGUGGUUAUAUUGGUGGUGCCCGCGUCGUCAUGAAGGAAAUAUCUGAAUUCUUCCGUACCACAGCCGUCACUCAAUUGGAUUAUGGCAAUAAUUAUCUAAAUAAUCUGCAGUAUUUCGAUCAAAAUGGUGUAUGCCGUCGGAACUUGCCAUCUUCGGAAUCAGAAGGAACUUUUUCACAAUCGAGUUCAGCGACGCUUAGCCGAAAACCUUCAACCAGAAAGGAUAGGUAUGAGCAAUACAAUAUUGUUCACAAAGCAUCAAUGCAGCAUCGAAAUAUCAUGCUAGAUAGUAAUGAUACAGAUUUGGCUCAACUUCGCCUAGCUUAUGUGGCUCAGAAUACAAUACAAAAAUCGCAGUCAAAAAGUCGCUUUAUGUCACCGAGAAGAUUACUUUCUCCAUUACGAGAGAAGCGUUACAGUCCACCACUUGCUGAAGAUUAUAAAGCGGGUUCAAAUAAUCAGCUUAUUACAGUUGAUUCUUCUUCUUCUUUUAAAAGUUCUUCAAGUGAAUCAGAAAAAAGACUCGACGCUAGUCAUUUCGGUGAGAUGUCCACAUCAGAUCUUUUAGAAAUGUUAACUGAAACAAAUCUUCUAGAAGAACAAGCAUCUCUCGUUUUAAUAAUAUUAUGUCGUAUUACUUCCAGUGGACCACAGUACGAUACAAAAUUGAAUGGUGUGGAUGGUUCAACGGUGAAUGUUCUUGUUGAUGAGGUUUAUAUGAAGGCUUGUGAAUGUCGUGACUGGGCUCUUGUAAGACUUACGGCUGGUUUGCUGAAACGUCAGCUCGAUGAACUUGCAAAAGCUGUAACUCAUUUGCUCGUGCGUCAAAAGCAAGUUACCAUAGGGUUGCCGUCAAAAAAAGAAGAAGUUAUUACAUGUCCGAAAACAAAGGAAGAGUUGCAAAAAAUUAUUAAUCGAGUUUAUUCCGAUGAUCCGAAUUCUUUCACUCUAGCACAGGAAAUUAUUGUAUGUCUUGGAUCAUUGGUGCUUACUGAGCCUCGCCUUUUUCUCGAAAUGUUUAGGUUACGUGUCGGCUUAAUCAUCCAAGUCUUAGCAAGUGAAUUGGCUCGAUUGCGUAACAUCGGUGGUGAACAUGCAACUCAGAGCUUGCUAAAGUUGUCUCCUUUCGAAGUCAAAUCUAUGGUUCUCUUAUUGCUUAGUGGUAGAUUAUUAGAAGACUUCAGUAUGGACGAAGAUACUGGUGCGAAAGAGCAGAGAACUGGUAUGGGUUCGAUAAGAAAGCAAAUCGAAGAACGAAAGAAAAAUCGUUUUCAGUCUGUCCGUAGGUCAAUGCAUCUAAGUGGGCGAAUCGCUAGUCCCAAUUUAUUGGAUCCAACUGAUAGUGAAGAUGAUGCCGAUGAAAAAGAUGAUUUUCAAUUCGGUAUAUGGCUUAGACACAGGCGUAUCGAUGGAGCACUAAACCGUGUACCACCAGGCUUUUAUCAGUGUGUAUGGGAAACACUUCGGAAAUUUCCACAUGGUUUGUCGGUGAAUAAUAUUGUGCUUCAUUGGGGUCUUACUCAAGAGAUGACUCGCCGUGAAAUAAAAUUUGCUCUCCAAGUUGAAGAAGUCCUUAAUCAGAUUAUUAUUAUUGCAUUGCAGAUUGCUGAACCGGAAUAUCGAGAGAUAGUCGUCGAAGCACUAUCUUUAAUGGGUAAACUGGAUAUUGUUUUAAGAACAGAUCGCCCAAAUUUUCCUAAAGAACGGCCGCUUGAAAUCGAUGCUAUUGUUCAUAAAGCCAAUGAACUUUUCGUCAAACAUAAUAGGGAAAUGGAAACGAUUGUCAUGGAAUGUUGUGGUAGUGGUAAUAAUUGUGAUGGUGCUCAAGGAAUGUGUCAACAUUUUUACGAUUCUGCUCCAGCUGGUGAAUAUGGAACCGCUCAUUAUAUCAUAAAAGCGAUUAUGGGAUUAUAUGGCCCUUUGUAA